UCUACCCGUCAAAAACAGGGUUCCUGCGGGUGGCACGAAGCAAGGAAAGCGCCGUAAUUUUGUUGUUGCCCCCGACCCGUCUUUCCUGCCUGGGUGGUCAACUGGUCAAUAAUCAUUCCCACUGUUCCAGCUCUGUUUUGGAGGCUCGAGUAGCUGCUUGCUGGUUAAACUGUUAAACUUCCUUACUCGUACGCGUCAGGUACAAAAGUAGUUAGCCACUGGAGGAGGAAUACUAGUAUAAGACUUGGGGACUGCAUCAGGAAGCAAGGUCCCACGUUCCUUUUUAUUCCCUGUGGCGUCGACUACAAUCAACUCCAUACUGUUAGUUAUCUAUCUGUUAUCUGUCUGCGGUAUAUAUACAUCCAUCUUUCAUCUGAUCGAAAGGCACCAUGGAUCCCUCCUGCAUGGCCCUCUACAGACGGUCCCACUCUGCCCGAAACUCUACCCGAAGCCAGCCACUGGUACCACAAGAACAAGAUACCAGCGAAGCGAGUGGUGGCAAUGGGGACAACUUUGUCGACGAAGAGCUGGGCAACCCGGGUGCUACCCCUGCUAUUAGAAAUACCUCGAGCUACAUCCAGGGCAAAGACAUGAACUUGAGCAGUCGACUAUUCGUGGUGGAUAACAGUAAGAAUAGCAAUACCCCUGCAUCUUCCCAAACCUCCCAGACAUCCUACACAGGAGACCUCGCUACUCCCACGACGGACAGCUACCACGGCAACGACAACAACCAUCAUAAUACCAAGUCCGUCUCCUUUACUAUCGACGAAAAGUGUCAUGACCAUGACGAUGAUAAUGGCCAUGACCAUGAUGAUCCCAAUCAGAAGAGUAAAAGAACGGUCAACUUGAAGCAGUGGACGGACAGAUGGAUGAAUUCACAUUGGCCCAUACUGCUGGUCAGUUGCUUGAUCUUUGUGGUUCUGGCGGGGGCCGGAAUCUCGCUCUACCUCGUCGUUGCCACUGCCCGGGACGAGGAGUUACGAGACAGCAUCCUCGAUCUGGCCGUCGAAACGGGAGCUUGGUUUGCCAAGGAAUUGGACUUUGCCAUUCUACCCCUCUUUAGCAUGGCGCAGUUCGCCACCGAGCUAGAUAUCUUUGCCGAUCUACCCGAUCAAAUCAAGUCUCCUGGACAAGAAAAUGCCCUACCCUUCAUUCCACAAGCUCCGGACGUUGACAAGGCAUACAGAAACAUUACCGGAGUCUGUGAUCAGCCAGAGCUGGUGGAACGCUUCACGGAGAUUGCGUCAGCGGUCAAGCGCAAUGCCAAAAUGGAUGGAGUACUGCAUAACAUUCAGUUGGCACCACAGGGCGUGAUAUGCCUCUUACACCCAAUGAACAACACUGAAGACUUUCAUGAUGGCAAAUCAUUCCUAGACAACACGGGGGCCUGGGGGAUCGACCUUCUCCACGAUCCAUUUCAUCGAUACAUUGCCAGGAAAUCGUUAAAGGGCGGAGAAGUGGGAAUUGUGGGACCGCGUCGCCUAUUUCAAUGUCCGACUUGUGGCAUGUACUUUAUCGUACGCUUACCCGUAUCCAGUCGCAAACACAACAUUUCAAUGUCCGGAGAAGAAUACCCAAAGUGGGGAUUCACCACGGCGCUCAUCAAUUGGGACGACCUCGUCAUGAGAAGUGACAUUCACGAACGAUUCCGAUCCAGUGGAUACGAAUUCCAACUCACACGGACCGACCAUAACUUUGAUGACGAGACAAACUCCUAUGUAGAUGACAUUGUCGUGCUGGCAGCGUCGGAAGCAUUUGGUGGUGGGUCCGAGAAACAUCAGGUAUCCACUGCGCUGCAAACCACCAACAAUGAAUGGGUCAUGACCAUUCAAUACUAUCCAAACGGGGACGUCGAAUACAUUGUCGUCGUGUUGGUCGCCGUUCUCGUGGCAUUCUUCAUAUCGGCACUGGUGUACACCGUGUUGCUGCAGAAGCAAACACACACGGCCAUGCUGGGUGCGACAAUGGCCGAGAAGGGCAAGGUAGAACUGGAACGAAAACUGACUGGGGCUCUGGCACACGAACUUCGAAAUCCACUCUCGGCGAUCGAUUCCGCCUUGGCCACCAUGCCAGACAAUAUCCCUGACGAAGCCAAAGAGCUUGUGGCCAGCAUGCAGCUUUGCAGUAGCUUCAUGUCCAGUAUCAUGAACAAUCUACUCGACAGCAGAAAGUUAGAAGAGGGCAAAAUGGAGUUGCUCUCCAACCCAAUGUCUUUAAAGGUACUCGUGCAAGCUGUUCACAAAAUGAUGCUGCCCGCAGUCAAUUCCAAUGUCAAGUUGGUCGCGGAUGUGGAGUCGUUGCCAAAGGAGAAGGAAUGGGUCUAUGGCGACUUUUCGAGGCUUCAGCAAGUCCUGACAAAUCUCGUCAGUAAUGCCUGCAAGUUCACUCGUAAAGGCUCCAUUACUAUUUCUGCUAGCUGGAAGAAAGUCGCGGUAGCACCAACCAAAAAAUCUGCUGCAGGCGAGGACGACAAGGAAUGGGUGCAAUUAUUGUGCCGAGAUACUGGGCCAGGGAUCCCCAAGGAAGACCAGGCGAACAUGUUCAAUCGCUUCACCACACGAGGAGGAGCACCUGGUUCGGGCCUUGGCCUGGCCAUUGCGAGGCAAAUUGUAGACCUGUACGGGGGCAGUAUUCACUUUGAAAGCGACCCAACCGUCAAGCCUGGCACAGACUGCGUUGUCAUGUUGCCGCUAGAAGUCUGCCGUGAGGUGCCACAGCAGGAAGCACCAGAAACACAGAAGGCUGAGGUGGAGAACACGGCUCCUCUGGAAGAACCGUUGAAAGUCCUCAUCACUGAUGACAUCAAAAUGAAUCGUAUGAUGCUUAAGCGACGGUUCCAAAAGUGUCUGGCGCCAAACUGUGUCAUCAGCGAAGCUGCGACUGGGGAAGAAGCCGUUGCCGCAUGCGAAAAACAGCAAUUCGACUGUAUCAUCAUGGACCAGUACAUGCAGGAGGCGAGCGGUGUCAUGCUCGGCACCGACACAAUCAUUGCGCUGCGCAGAGCCAAAGUAGACGCUGUGAUUAUUGGUUGCUCUGGGAAUGACAUCGAGGACAAGUUCGCCGCCGCUGGGGCAGACGUAGUGUGGAAGAAACCUGUUCCCUCGAAUGUGGAGAUCAUUGCCUGUUUGCGCCAACUGCUAUCAGCUCGAGGAAAGAUAUAGUGUGCUGAAUGGCGACGCAAACAGUGUCAGCGGAGAUGUUUUCUCGCUGUUCUGUCGAGCUCUACCGUAUGACUGGUCAGAAGGAAGCGCAAACGCAACAGCAGAGCCAGAACCGGAAUGACAGGGGCCUAGUAGAGCAGCUCUCGCUGAGUUGUGGCCAGUGCAGAGCAUCUUGAGUCACGACUUCACGGAAAGCUGCGCAGGGAUCUCCAGGCGAACAUAUCGCAUCAUGAGCAUGUGACCAUCAGCCACUCAAGCAAGCGAGCGAGCGAGUUGGAUGCAAAACUCGCCUUUAAAAUUGAACGCUUCCAUUUUUGUCUGU